AUGUCUUCACAUCGUCGUCCUGGCGUGGCGUCGAGCUCCUCUGACCCCCCUGACUCAGAUUCAAUCUAUGCGCGUGGUUCUUCAGUAACAUCAUUCGAUUCUUCUCCCCAACCUGUCAAAAUUGGGAAGCGCAAGUCAACAUCAGAGCCAUCGAAAUCCAGCAAACGGAAACGCAAGGCUCCAGAAAAUAGUGGAGAAGAGCUCGAAAUACACGAUGUCAAGGCUAAGGCAUCUAAACGUCCACGAUUGCAAGAUAAUCGCAAGGAAAAGGGUGCUUUAACUCCACGGGACCAAUGUCUUCACUUUGCUCGGUGGAUCCCUCGAGGGAUCGACAUGUUUUGCAUCCUCAAGGACGUCUUUCGCAUUGCACCCAUCAUCGAGGAUGCACGUGCUCACUUGGAUGAUGACUCCGACGCAGAUGACAUGCACAAUACUCUCUUAGCUAACAUAUCCAAAGAUAUGCAGGACCAGAUGCUCCGGAUGUUCAAGAAGAUCAUUACAGGUGCCCCUUACCUUCAAGAACUCAUAAGAGGUGGUCGCAAAAAAUCGGAUGAACUGCAGGAGAUCCUUGACGAGAUGCAAUAUUUGAUUGGACAGGUGCGAUCCGAAGAUGCGGCUCAUCUGAAAAGGAGCAUUGCACGUUAUGCAGUGUUUAAUGGAAAAGGUCUGGUGCCGCCCGUCUUCCCUGAUACCAAAGAAUCGCGUGCACAGAUGGGUCUCAACCACCCUCAACUCGCUCGCAUGCUAUGCCCCAUAAAGUUUCUUUCAGAGAAUCAAACGGACCCAUCAGCCACAAAAGCCAAGCUUGAGGCUGGCACUAUCAAGAUGGAUGCACGAGCUUGGCCUGCCCUGAUGUAUAGGGCAUCAGGAAAACAACUCAAAAUUGAUAUGACCAGUUAG